GAGAGAGAGAGAGACUCAAGCGAAUGCAUACACUCACCGAAUGAAUGAAAGAGAAUGCGCUGAGGUGAAAAUGUAAACCAAUCUAAUAUCUCAACUAUGUUUGUACACAUAUUACAGUUAGAGGCUAGAGGACAUUUCGACACAUUUUACGAUUUUUUUUUCUACAGUGCAUAGCAUCAUCAUUCGUGCACACGUAAACGCAACUCAAUUGAGUGAAAAACGCACAACACAAAUCGAUCUCUGUCGCGCGCGCAGUUUGCUUUCGACAAUUUUUUUUUGCUCAACUUCAACAUUUGUUUCGGUCUCAUCUUUCGAUAAAUUUCCAUUCACCGCAAUUUUUUCACUAUAGCUUCGCGCUGAUUCUUCGCAAAAGAGUUUAUUUUUAUAGUUUUGUUCAAAAAAAAAAAAUCUCUUCCCAUAGAAAAAAAGUAAAUUUUCAUUCGGAAAAAAUUUGUUGUAACGAAUACAUUUAGUAUUAUCAUAGGUACAGUUGAAUCAUUGAAUUCAUGAUAACGUGUAAAUACGUGAAAAAUGAUUCACGAUUAAGUGAAAAGGUCGCUUCGAAUCGAACGGAAAGCAACAAUUUUUUUUGCACUAAUGUGAACCACGUAUCGUAUCCUGACACAUUGUAAAAUAAAGUAAAUGAAAAUAAGUGUCGUUUUCUGAAAUGACUUGAUUAAAACUGUAAAAUUGACAUUGACACCUACACCAAAUGUUUCUGUUCGCCGUUGCUUCGAUGACUUUCGCAUUCAAUGGAGCCGUUUUUUUUGUGUGUGUGUUAUAUUCUAAGCGAGUCAAACGUAUUCAUUUCUCAUGAAACCCGUGGAUAAGCAAUUGUAAUCAAAAGGAAGAAAGGAAAAAAAAAACGGGAGAAAAACGUAAAAUAAAAUUGACGAAAUUUGAAAGCCGCAUAUGGGAUUGGGUUGACAGCAUCUAUUCAAGCAUCGAAAUUAUGAAUUACUUGGGCAUUUGAAUCAGCUUAAUCGCCUGUGUGUACCAUACAGUUGUAACCGAAAAAAAAAACACAUAAUAACGGAGCAAAGAAUACGGACAGAAGCGGUUGGAGAAUCGGCGAAUUGUUGCGUUUUCAUUGAAUAAUUAACGCAUACGCACAUCUACUGUUUGUCGAAGACAGACACACACACAUACACACACACACAAAGCAUACACACAUUCGCGAGCGCAACCAGAGAGUAAUAUUAGACAGCAGCAACGGCGAAUAGAAAAAAAGAGAAGGCACAUAGAACACACACGGAACAAACAGAGAACCAUUACAUAAGAAACAAUGAGACAAGACUAAGCAAAGCGUGGUCAUCGAAGAUCAGUUAAGCAGCAUAUCAACAGAAAAGAUCGAUCGAUCGACGACGACGAAGGCGGUAAGAGAAGCAAAACUGGAAUCUCGUGUGUGUGAGAUAGAGAAACAGCAACAAACGAUCAACGAGAUCAAGUUGAAACAAAGAAAAAACAGUGAGACAAAAAAAGGGAAAAAGUGAUCGAGAGGGAAAGAAAAGCCCUUUUAAUGAAACGCGUUUCGUUCACUAAACACAAAAUCACUAAAGUGCUAACAAAAGCCCAAAUGGAAUUCAACAACAACAAGAAAAUAAAACAAAACAAUAACUAAUGAAUGUACAAAUCGACUUAAGAAAACAACCAAUUUCGACAAUUUCGAACAGGGGAGCCAACAAAUAUCGACGUUGAACAACAUACAUACACAAAAGAAAACAAGAACAAGACGAAAAAGAAAGAAAAAAAUAGAGUUAAAAACUAGCGAAAAACGAUAGCUCAAAUUACACAGCGUUUUACACUUGGCGUCAUCAUAAAACAGUAAAAUAAGUCAAAUAACUUUGGAUCUUCCUGUUCAGUUUGUGUGUUUGCGGUUGGUGCGUAUGCGAAAUUUUCGUACGCACGUGCGUUUGUGUAUUUACAUAUAUCAAUUGUUUCGGACAAAAAGAUAGAGCCGAUCGAACGAUCGCCAACGUGAAAACUAACCACGCGCGGCGUAUUUGAAUCAUAGUCUCUUAACAUUUUUUCCCGCUGCUGGAGUGAACGUCAUUUAUUAUCAUUUGACUGGAAAGACGAAAGCGGAAAAAAACUCUCAUUUAUUCCUUCACAAGUGAAUUGGCCUCGAACGAUCACCGUCGCAUUGGUUCGUUCGAAGCGCAUCUGGCGUGUGAGUGUCACGACGACGACGACGACGACGACGACAACGACAACGACGGCGAGCUAGAGAGUGUGAGAGACAGAGAAGAGCGAACCGUGUGUGAGUGUGUGAGAGAGCGACGACGCAGACAAACGGCCAACACAUCGAUUCACACAAGGGUUUGGUUCGCAAAAAACCUACAUUAGGCUGGCUCGUAACGGUGAAACAAGGGGGACCGAGUCUCCCGACACAUCACCAGAAAACGCGGCCACCUGUUGGUGGACACCAUUUGUUGCUAUGGGUUGCUUUGGUUCAGCCGGAUCAAAGCAAACCGAAACCAAUAGUAGUACAGAAGAUACAAAAAGUCAAAAACGUCGUAGCGAUGCAAUCACAAAACAAUUACAGAAAGACAAACAAGUGUAUCGAGCCACACAUCGUCUAUUGCUGCUCGGCGCCGGUGAAUCGGGCAAAUCGACCAUCGUCAAGCAAAUGCGAAUAUUGCACGUCAACGGUUUUUCGGACACAGAGCGAAAGCAAAAAAUAGAAGAUAUUAAAAAGAAUAUUCGUGAUGCCAUUUUGACAAUUACCGGUGCUAUGAGCACACUCAAUCCACCUAUAGUUCUUGAAAAACCAGAAAAUCAAGUGAGAGUCGAUUACAUUCAGGAUUAUGCGUCAGGGCCUGACUUCAACUAUCCACCAGAAUUUUAUGAGCACACAGAAGAACUGUGGAAAGAUCGUGGCGUUCAACAAACGUUCGAACGAUCAAACGAGUAUCAAUUAAUUGACUGUGCAAAAUACUUCUUAGAUCGUGUCAGUGUCGUGAAAAAGCCAAAUUACACUCCUUCCGAGCAAGACAUCUUACGAUGUCGUGUUUUAACAUCAGGAAUAUUCGAAACUAGAUUUCAAGUGGAUAAAGUUAAUUUUCAUAUGUUUGACGUCGGCGGCCAGCGUGAUGAACGUCGCAAGUGGAUUCAGUGUUUCAACGAUGUCACAGCAAUUAUAUUCGUAACUGCCUGCUCUAGCUAUAACAUGGUUCUUCGUGAAGAUCCAACACAAAAUCGACUCCGAGAGUCACUUGAUUUAUUUAAAAGCAUUUGGAAUAAUAGAUGGUUACGUACAAUAUCGGUCAUUCUUUUCCUGAACAAACAGGAUUUAUUAGCCGAAAAAAUAAAAGCAGCUAAAAGCAAAUUAUCAGAUUAUUUUGCUGAAUUUAAUAGAUAUCAAACACCUGGUGAUGCUCUAAUUGAGCCAGGCGAAGAUCCAGAAGUAAUACGCGCAAAAUAUUUCAUUCGAGAUGAAUUUCUGCGUAUAUCGACAGCCAGUGGAGAUGGCAAGCAUUACUGUUAUCCACACUUUACAUGUGCCGUUGAUACGGAAAAUAUAAAAAGGGUGUUCAAUGAUUGUCGAGAUAUUAUUCAAAGAAUGCAUCUUCGUCAAUAUGAACUUUUAUAGAUAGAAGUACAUCAAGUUCAUUUUAAAGAUAUCGUCAUUAAACUAAACUUAACUAACAAAAAUAAAAUCGUAAUUAAUUUAUAAAUAAAUGAAUAAAAAAAAGAAGAAAAUAUAUAAAUAAAAAUAUAAUUAUCAUUGAAUGUUAUUGAGUGAAAAAUUGCUAUUGAGCAUUUGCUCUAGGACGUUCUAUGAGCGAGUUGCCAAAAUGAAUUCGCACUAUAGAGCCACACACACGCACACACACGCACACACACACACACACACGUUGAAAACGAAGCAAGAAACAAUUUAGAAGAGUCGCAAUUGACCAUUUUCAAAAUUGAUGAUCGUGUGAUCGAAGCAAAAGAAGCGAAGCGAUGCGAAAAUCCCGAUGUCAUAUUGAUUGGCUUGGGAUUCCGUUGUGUGCUUGGCAUAUUAGAGACAUUCGUCCAAUUUGGCUCGUGGAUAGUUUCGAUAGCAAUCGCUCAACGACAAAUUUUCAUUGUAAAGUAAUAUUUAAUUGUAAUUAUUACUGAAAAUAGAAAUAAAUACACAAAAAAGAUAUAUUUAAAGAAAUGUAAGAGAAAAAAAAUUAUUAAAAAAAAAAAAACAAAUGCAGGGUGUAUCAAAACAAAAGAGAAAUAACAUAUACAACCACUUCAAAAAAAAAAAGAGUUGCAAAUCAAUAAAACAAACAACCAACAAAAUAUAACACAAGAGAAAGAAAGCAAGCAAAAAAUGGAGUUAGAAAAAAUCUAAUAAAAAGCAAAUGUGUCAAUCAAAGGAAUCAAACCAAUUAAGAGAUUUUCAUCGACAAAUGCUGUAGUAAAAGAAAAAAAAAACCAACAAAACCAACCAAAAAGAAUACAAACACUGAAAUGCAUGCAAUAAAAAAGCAAAAAAGCAACCGAAAAUCAGUUUCUUCAUCAGUUUUCAUUUUAUCGAUCCCGGCCACUUACAUACACAUACAUACACAUUGAAAUAACACAAACGGAUCGAUCAAGUGUAAAACAAGCCGCCGAUAAUCAGUCUUCAUCUUCAUUUCUUGGCCUUCCAUGCGCACAGUCAGUGUUGUACAAAGAUAAAAUUUAGAUAGAUAAGAUGAAGAUAGAUAAGAUAAGAUGAUAUCUUUAUCUUUACUGAUUUAGGUCACUCAGAUUGGUCAUCUAUCUUGAUAUCUUAUCUGAAUACUUCUUUCGUUAUCUAUCUCGAAUUUUUUAGAUAAUUUAGAAGAUAAUUCGAUUUUCUCAUAGAAAAAUAUCAAAGAUAACUAAAAAAUAAUUGGAAAAAAAUAUCUUAUCUUUUAUUGGAUAGAUAAGAUAAUAUCUCAUCUUCAUCUAAAUUAUUUUUAUGAUUUUUCACAAAUAUCUUAUCUUUAUCCAAAUAAAUUUCAAGUCCUUUUGUACAACACUGCGCACAGUGCACAACAACAGUUGCAUUCAAAUCAUUUUUUUUUUUUUAAAAGAAACAAACACAAACCGUGAAUUUAAUGAGAAUGUGGAAAUAAAACCAACUUAUUUUAUUCAGUUUAGUUCUUUUUUUAAAUUAUUAUUAUUAUUUCUUAACAUGUUGUUUGAAAAGUGCCCGAUUGAUUGAUAAACAGAUAGAGAAAAUAAAAAACGAAAAACGAAGAAGACGAAGAAAUUCCAUUUGUGUUACCUCCAAGAUUCUGUUUCAUUCGAAAAUAUACUCGAAAUCCGAGUGAACCAAUAAGAAUGUAGCAAAAUCUUGCACCAAUUUUUAGUUUUUCCGUUGUGUUAUAGAGAAGAUAAACAGAGAAGGAGAGAGAGAGAGAGAGAGAGAGAGAGAGAGAGAGAGAGAGAGCGUGCAUUAUUAAACACAUGUGCAACUAAUAACAGCAAUUACGACAGAGUUAUACAAAAAAAAGAAGAGUUAUUAUUUUUAAAAUAAAACCAAACUAAAAAAAAAUGAACGAAUAAAAAGAAAAUCCGAGAAAAGUCGUGUUUGUGGAAUUGAAACAGGAAGGAGAAAGAAACCAGCAUAAAAAUCACUUAAAAUUAACAAAACAAAUAAUGAACACCUCACCGGUAUUCAUUCAGUGACCGAUACAUUUAAUAUAUUUAAGUCGAAAACUGGCAAAAAAUUGAUACUAUAUAUAUAUGUUAGGGAAAAAAAAAUUACAUAGUAAUUCACAAAUAAGCGAAACAUGGGCCCGUUUAUCGCAUAUUUUGAGCUUUUUAUUUUUUUAUUUUUUAACGAGAACAUUUUUUGUUUGUUUAAAUUCUCAACCAAUUCGAAAUGUGAAUACAGAGGCAAUUGUUCCUUGGACACGACGACCUCUAUUUGUUCGUUGUUCGAAAUAAGCACGUUUCAUGGCUUCAAACCAAAAUCCGACCAAACACAUCUCAUGUAAUAAUUUAUUUUUAUGGUCAAAAAAAAAAUAAAAACAAAACAAAAACUAAAAUCAAGUGAAGAAGAAAAAAAAGUUCUUUAAAUUGUGCGAUGAUGUGGCCGGAGUUGUUCGUUUUGUUUGUGAAAUAAAACAAGAGAAACUCCAAAAUAAACCACACGACAAACAAAAAACAACCACAACAACAAAAAAAAAACAACCAGAUAAAAGCCCAAAAUACAGCCCGUUGAAAUCAACGGGAGAUACGCAAUAUAUAAUUACCAAUAAACCCGCCGCUUAUUAUUCAAGACAUUUAAAGUCCUAAUUUUAAUACAAGUGAAUCGAAGUUGCUAAGUUUUCUUUGAAUCGGCGAAGGCUGAUCCAGUAAUUGGCUGAGCAAAUUUUGGUUUAUUUUUAUGUUUUGUUUAUAUUUCGUUGUUGUUGCUGCUGUAGAGAAUGUUCCAAUUAAAUUUGAAACUAAAACAGCGCUCCAUAUGCCUUGAAUGUGUUGCUUUUUGUUUUAAACACAAACCGGCACAGAGACAGUGACAUUAAAAGGGAGAUACAUUCUAGUCCAUUGUAAGAACCAUUCGAGAAAGAAAAAAAAAAACGAAAUUUGUUGCAAAAAGAUGAAACUGAGAAUUACCAUUGGCAUUUCGAAGAGGAAGAAGAAAAAAAACACACACACAUCAAUGUGAUACACGCGAUUUGGAGGUGUUGCUCGAAAGCUUUCUUCGUUCAAUGCAUAAUGUACACCUCUUAGCGGCCAACCAAAUUGAAUUGUUUAUUUUCUUUUUCGUUUCAUUCUUUUGAAUUUUUUCAUUGUAUUUUAGAUCACACAACGCUUUACCACAUUCUUCUUAUUCUUAUUCGGCUAUCGAUAUUUCCAUGGCGCACAACAUACAAAUUUUUAUUAUGCACAAUCGCAUUUUUUUUUUUUUGUAUCAUGAUAAACAAAAUUCAUGCAGAGAUUCUGUUGAUAUAGCCACACACAGCUCAAUGAGAGAGCCAGCCGAGAAAUUGUUGGUGCACAUUACAUAAGAAUUUCAUUUCAAUCACCUAUCGCCACGAUCCAUGAUGCAAUUUUCUGCCUUUUUUGUUUCACAUAAUUUCAUUCAAAAAAAAAAAAAUAAACCAUAGAGGAACCAUGCGCACACAAAUUGAACAACACACAAAUCACAUUUCAACUCAUUGACAUUUAGGGAUGGACCACACAACAGUUAAGCUAAAAAUCGCUUUCAUUUUCAAUUGUUUUGCAAUGGAGAAUUGAAUUUAUUCAAAUCGGUUCUAUUUAUAAAACAGAAAAAUUUUGAGUUUUGCCAUCAGGAGCAACCAGUAGAAUGUGACACCUUUACCGUGUGGAAUGACAGCUUUUUUAUCAAUGAAAUUGAUUAGGAGAUUUUUGCUAAUUUUCAAUAUCGACAAAGUCAUCUGAAUGUUUAAUCAGCCUGUCAUUUUGUUUGAAAACAACAACAAAACCAUGAAAUUAAACUCAAGUAGAGAAUAGAAUGAAUAAGAAUGCACUGUGGGCGAUCCAAUUUAGAAUUCAAUUUUUAGAAUUUUUAUAAAAUUUCUGUUGAAAUGUUGAUCUUUUUUGUUUUUUUUUUUUUUUUUUCAUUUCGAUGAAGUGAGAGUCGAUCAGUCAUAAUGAUGCACUGAUGUGAUGGUGCGCGUAUAUAUUGUUAUCAGAUUGCUGUGAAAAAACAUAAAAAUCGUGUCAAUAGUUGAAUCAUUCAAUAAAAAGAGAAAAAAAAAAUCCGCAUAAUAUAUUUCUCAUUAAAACAUCAAUUUCCAUUCCAUGUGGCCAUUCCAUUUGAGCCAAUCUGUUUUGCUUGAACAACUGCAAUGAAAUCUCUCAAUGUUUGGUGGUUUGCAUGAAACGAGCUAAACCAAUGUGCAGCUCAGAGUCUAUGAGAAUUCAUAAUAUGAAUAUUCUAAAUAUGAAAUAUGCAUUCUCCCCCAUUUUCUCUGUUCAAAAUUGCACGCAAACACAUCAAACGAACACUCAAACUCACACAAACACAUUGAACGAACCGAGAGUAAUUGAGGAACCUUCAACAAAAGUGAAGAAUCAAAUGAAUUGUGAACAAAAAUAUACAUAAAACGCUGCUGAGCGCUCAAAUGUAUCACACUUCACAGCCAUUUAAACGGAAAUUAGACGAUCUAUUAACGCUGAUUAUUAUUGAAUGCGAGACAGAGACGAUGCGAACGAGAGAAAUACACACAAACACCCAAAACACCCAUUCAGCUAAAUGGCAAUUGAAAUCGGACUGAACAUUUUUACAGCCACAAAACACACUAGCUCUUGUUUCUUUUUCGGGCUUUUUUUCGGUGAUUUUUUAAUCUAUUUUUUUUUCUCCAUAUGCUGUAUACGUGUUACAAUAGUAUGACCAAAUAAAAACAAAACUAGCAAAUGUGAAAGAAGAUGAAUAUUUUCAGUGCGAUGCCUUUUCUCUCUCGUCUAGUUACAGUUUGGUUGGUUGUCUUGCAAUUUGUAUGAAGUAAAUUUACGUUGAAUUUCAUUGUUUUUUUUUUCAUUGUGCUGUCCAUGGUGUGUACAAUUGAUGAACAUUUCGAUUAGGUAAUAAUUUUAACUGCUUUUGCGCACUUGAAAAUCACAUACAAAUCCCCAUUCUUCCCUGCAAAUGUGCAACUCUUAUAGCUGAAUUUUAGCUCGAAAUGGUGCAUCAUUUCUUAGAAGCAUCAUUCAAUCACAAUUGUGAUUUUCUCCAGAAAAAGCCCCAAAUUUAAACGAAACCACUCAAUGAGUAAGAGAAACUCUGUUUUUAGUGAGUCACAAUUCAACCGUAUGUACGAAGUAAUCGAACUCCAUAAUGAGGAUCUACAAAAAAGACAAACACCACAGUAAUUAGCAACAGCGGCAAAGAAAUCACAAACCAGUUAAAGUUGAAUACACAUUGUACGUAAAGCAUAAAAUGAAUGAGAAGAAUUUAUAUACAAAGAAACUGAAACUAGUGAAUCCGAUGAUUAUUAAUCAUCGCUAAAAAAAAACCCACAACAAAUGAGUCCUUGUUAUUAUUACUAUUAUUAUUAUUAUUUUUUAUUUGUAUUAUUAUUAUUGUUACGCCAUGCGCAGCUUUCUACCGAAACAAUUUCAAUCAAUGGCUGCUCUUUUGACUGCACUGACCCGGCAAAUCGACAACCAUUUGGGGCUCAUUCCCUUUUCAUGUGCAUCAUUCUUUCUAUCCCGCUGAAUAUACUUCGGAAGCUGGUUCGACAGAACAAAAAAAAAGAAAAAAAAACUUUGAUGCAACAAUUUGAAAUGAAAUCUCUGCAAACUGAUUCAUUCGAACAGAGAAGGUCUUUUUGUCUAUGUGCCUUUAGAAGCAAUCAAUUCUUUUACUUUCAACAUCAAAACUGUGGAAAAUUGAUAGACUCGAUACUGUUGAAAAGAGAACAAAAUCGAUACUAAAACAAGAAUUGGCAAUACCCAUUCGUCGAAUGGGAUUGGCUUUGGGAAAAGUUAAAUAUUUGGUUGGCUUUUUUUUGAAUCAUUUUAUUUUUUUCAUGUUACGAUGAGACAGAGUUUGUAGAAAAUCCACAUUUCCUUCCAGAGAAGAAUAGUUCUUUGUGAAAUUUUAAUUAAAAAAAAAAAAAAACGUUCGAAUUGAAAAUGGAAUUCAAUACCGAACAUCCACAACAUUGCAAAUGCAAACGCAAAUAAACGAUUCCCCUUGCAUAUCGCGUUGCCGGAACUGCAAGCGACAGAAGCAUCGGUCGAGUUGAACCAAAAAUUAACUCUGGAUGUGACCUUCGAACACAAUACAGCAACAUGAAACGCCCGACUUUGUCAUUAUACAAAUCGUUCAAAAACGGAAAACGUUUUUCGUUGUAAAAGCUCGGGAUUUGUAGUCAUUUUUCAUGGUGUUCAAAGGAGAAAAAAAAAGUCAUCGGUGUUCGACAUUGAUUGGUUGUAAGCUGUAUCACUGAUGUUGGACGAAGCGCAAAAGAAAGUAUUCGACAAACGAUUUUCGUUUGUUUUGUGAUACGAUUUGAGUGGGUCAAAUCUCCGACAAACACACACACACACAUACACAACUUAAAAAUUAAAAACGCAAUCGCAUAGCUACUUCACGGAUGAAUACCAAUUGUCAUCAUGUGAGGCAAAAUUGGCCAUUUUUUUCUUUUUUAAAUAUUUUGAAUUUUACAUUUAUUUUGUUUCUACCCUUUGAAUAAACACCCAGUUUUGUAGAAAGCUUUUUUGCACAGUAGCUUCCGAAAUCAGUUUAUAAGAUGAGUAAAUGAUUGAAAGAUAUAAACAAAUUGAACAGAUACAUACACACACAUACACCAAUUACAAAAAGAAUCUUCGAUUUAAAAUAAUUUAAUAGAUAACAACAACAAAAACAACAACAAACGAAGAUAAAAGCAAACAAUUGCAAAGAGAAGAAUUUAAAUUGAAAACAAGAAAAAAAAAAAUAAACACAUACAAAUAAAUCUUCAAGUAAUAAGAUAAUUACCAAGAAGAGAGAAAAACAGAAGCUAUUUAUUGUAAAUACAUAGUAAAUAUAUUGUAUUUUAUUUUAUUUUAUUUUAAUUUUGCGUUGUUUUAUUUUCAAUAUCAUCCUGUAUUUCUGUAUAAUCACUGCUUUCAUUCUCCCAACCCACCCCUUUGGAACUGUCUCUUCACUCAUGCUACUAUCAUAUAUCUUUCUCUUGCGCUGUCUCUAUCCUCCUAUUUCUUUUUCUCUUUCUGUUUCUCUUCCUCCCUCAAUCUCACUCGGUCUCUGUCCCUCUUCCUCUUUCACUGUCAUUAAAGAAAGCUCUUCAUCUGCCUUUGUCGACGCUGCCAUCAAAGUACGCGUUCAUUGUAUUUUUUCCCACAUUAAGCAAAAGUCAACAGCAAUACAGCAACCGAAACAUAUAGCAACAAAUUUGAAAAAUUCCCUGUCGUUUGUUCUUUCACUGUUCUUUUUCAGUUGUCAUUUGGCAAAUGCCCUUUAAAAGAACAACAAUAACAACAGCAGCAACAAAUCGCUUUUUUUCUUCCUCCCCUCUCUCUCUCUCUCUCUCUCUCUCUCUCUCUCUUUCCGUUGUUCACGUUCCUCUAGUCGGAUUGAAAAUAAAAUCGAUUGUUUGCCAGCUAUAAACAUGUAGUUGAAAAUCAUGUUGAUACACGCACAAAAGCAUCCACUCGAAAUCAUUUUCUAACAAUGUGACUCUUUUUUUUUCCUCUCCCAUUCAAACAUUGAUAAUAAUUUACUAUAAUUUACAACGUAUGCACAAAAUCCUUGCAAAUGUAAUUUGUCCUCUCUGUUUUUCUUCUGUCGUUCGGCGAAGAGAGAUGAAUUGAAUCCAAAACUUUGAUUUCACAAAGAACAUAACACAUGAACAAGCAAAAAAAUGGGCAGAAAAACCAAUCGAAUCAAAAGCAAUUUUUAUUAUGCAUAAUGACCAAUAAUUAAUUUUUAUUCGAUGUUCUCCAGCAAAAUGGAAUUUUAUAGCGAAACAAGAAAAAAAAAGAAACUAAUUUGAAGAAGUAAAUGGCUUUUGUCGCACACGAAGUGAAAUUGUUUUGGAAAUUCGAAUUAUAGCCGCAUCCAUAGCACUGGGACAUUUAGUGAAGCUACGGCACGAAGAAGGAAAUCAGAACUUUUCUUUUCGAAAAGUUCGAGUAAAAAAACAACUGUUUUCGUUCAUUCUUCAGUUCCGUUGCUCAUGCUGUCGACAUACAAAUUCACCAUAAUACCCCGAAAGAGACACACACGCACACACACACACUCAAACGAACACAUACAAAAGCGAUUAUAUUUGAUGCCUAGGCAAUAGCGCCUGAGGUAUAGGGGACAAAAAGCCACACGAUCCAGAUUCGUUGAACCAGAGAAAUACAUGAAAUUUAUAUUCAUUCACUCAUGUUGAAAGAAAAAAAAGAGGAGAAGAAAUAUGAAACACUCGGACAUUCGGUGCGAUCUCCUUAUUUCCAUAAGUUUUCAUACUUUGCUCUUAAUUUCAUAACUUAAAAACAAAGAUAUUUAAACAAGAAGAAGAAGAUUGAAGAAAAAUAAAACCAAACAACAACAACAACAACAACAACAUACAUUUAAUGUAAAAUUUAGAAAUUAGAAAUAGUUUUUCAUGUGUAAAAAAAAACCCAAAACAAGACAAAGAAAUAAGAUGUAUGAAAAUCGAGUAAACCAAAGAUAUUCUGAAUGAAAAAAAAGCCAUUUCAAACAGAAGAACAUUCAAAACAUUUAAGAGAAUCUACCGCACACAAUCAUGUGGCCAGAGAAUUGUUUGCAUUCUGCUCACAUUUAGCAGAUUCUUUUUGCCUCUCUUUCUCACACACAAAAACAUUUACACAACACAUGCAACAACCAACACAACAAAACAGAAUGUAUAAUCAACUUUCGCAACAACAACAAAACCUAAAACCAAAGCUUAAGGGAAAAACUGGAAAAAGAAGAAAAAGAAGAAGAAGCAUCAACAACAAAAAUUACAUCUAAAUUGCAAAGCAAAA